AUGCCUAUUACAGGUAGUGUUUUAUGGAUAAUAAUCUUUUUUGUCUCUACCCUCCAUCUACAACCCCAACUACCCUCAACCCCUCUACCCUCCAUCUACAACCCCAACUACCCUCAACCCCUCUACCCUCUAUCUACAACCCCAACUACCCUCAACCCCUCUACCCUCCAUCUACAACCCCAACUACCCUCAACCCCUCUACCCUCCAUCUACAACCCCAACUACCAUCAACCUCUCUACCCUCCAUCUACAACCCCAACUACCAUCAACCCUCUACCCUCCAUCUACAACCCCAACUACCCUCAACGCCUCUACCCUCCAUCUACAACCCCAACUACCCUCAACUACCCUCAACCCCUCUACCCUCCAUCUACAACCCCAACUACCCUCAACCCCUCUACCCUCCAUCUACAACCUCAACUACCCUCAACCCCUCUACCCUCCAUCUACAACCCCAACUACCCUCAACUACCCUCAACCCCUCUACCCUCCAUCUACAACCCCAACUACCCUCAACUACCCUCAACCCCUCUACCCUCCAUCUACAACCCCAACUACCCUCAACCCCUCUACCCUCCAUCUACAACCCCAACUACCCUCAACGCCUCUACCCUCCAUCUACAACCCCAACUACCCUCAACUACCCUCAACCCCUCUACCCUCCAUCUACAACCCCAACUACCCUCAACCCCUCUACCCUCCAUCUACAACCUCAACUACCCUCAACCUCUCUACCCUCCAUCUACAACCCCAACUACCCUCAACUACCCUCAACCCCUCUACCCUCCAUCUACAACCCCAACUACCCUCAACUACCCUCAACCCCUCUACCCUCCAUCUACAACCCCAACUACACUCAACCCCUCUACCCUCCAUCUACAACCCCAACUACCCUCAACUACCCUCAACCCCUCUACCCUCCAUCUACAACCCCAACUACCCUCAACCCCUCUACCCUCCAUCUACAACCUCAACUACCCUCAACCUCUCUACCCUCCAUCUACAACCCCAACUACCCUCAACCCCUCUACCCUCCAUCUACAACCCCAACUACCCUCAACUACCCUCAACCCCUCUACCCUCCAUCUACAACCCCAACUACCCUCAACCCCUCUACCCUCCAUCUACAACCCCAACUACCCUCAACUACCCUCAACCCCUCUACCCUCCAUCUACAACCCCAACUACCCUCAACUACCCUCAACCCCUCUACCCUCCAUCUACAACCCCAACUACCCUCAACCCCUCUACCCUCCAUCUACAACCCCAACUACCCUCAUCCCCUCUACCCUCCAUCUACAACCUCAACUAUCGUCAACCCCUCUACCCUCCAUCUAUAACCCCAACUACCCUCAACCACCCUCAACCCCUCUACCCUCCAUCUAUAACCCCAACUACCCUCAACCCCUCUACCCUCCCUCUACAACCCCAACUACCCUCAACCCCCCUACCCUCCAUCUACAAUCCCAACUACCCUCAACCCCUCUACCCUCCAUCUACAACCCCAACUACCCUCAACCCCUCUACCCUCCAUCUACAACCCCGGUGGUACUGUGCAUUGUUUGUGAUGUUGGUACCGUGUAUCGCGUAUCCCUCCUGACCCCAACAAUAUACAGAGUGGUGACCCCAAAACUGACAGGUAUCCCUCCUGACCCCAAUAAUGGACAGAGUGGUGCCCAAAAACUGACAGGUAUCCCUCCUGACCCCAACAAUAUACAGAGUGGUGACCCCAAACUGACAGGUAUCCCUCCUGACCCCAAUAAUGGACAGAGUGGUGCCCAAAAACUGACAGGUAUCCCUCCUGACCCCAAUAAUGGACAGGGUGGUGACCCCAAAACUGACAGGUAUCCCUCCUGA